AUGUUUGAUGUCAGACUUGCACCCACAAAGGACGAAGUUCAAGUCCACCACAUAAUCUACUUGGUUUUGUGUUUAGAAACUACUGGAAAUAGUAUUGCGAUUAAAUUGUUUCCUGAGUAUUUAGGAACUAGCAGUUCUAGAAGUUUCCUUCGUUUAGUUUCGAAAGAAUUAGGCUACAAGCAGGAACUACGAUCUGUAGCAAUGAAAUUACACGUAAAAGAUCCAUCGAGAAAAGGGGACAAUAACGACACAAUGGCCCAAAUUUUGAUGAAAAUGAAGCCUUCAUUAAGUGGGUAUGUUAAGUUUCUAGUUUAUAGCAAAGUUGUUUACGAUGCACUUGAGAAAAUCGUCAUGAAUGCAGACUAUUCUUCUUAUGCAGAGCUGAGAAAUACAGGAUUAGAAAGGUCGGGAGCAUUAGCAAACGAUUUGGAGUGGUUUAAAGAAGUGAUGGGAAUUCAAAUUCCAUCACCAACAACCUCUGGGAUUUCAUAUGCAUCCUAUCUCGAGGAAAUAGCAGUGAAGAAUCCUAAAGCAAUCUUUUGCCAUUUCUACAACAUUUACUUCGGGCUCGCAACCGGUGGUCGAAUGGUUGGUAAAAGGGCAUCUGAAAAGAUACUUGAGAACAAGGAGUUGGAAUUCUACAAGUGGAAUAAUGGGGAGAUUUCGGAACUACUACAGAAUGCUAGAGAGAAGCUAAACAAAGUCACUGAAAGCUGGACCAGGGAAGAGAAAGAUCAGUGCUUGGAAGAAACUGAAAUAUCAUUCAAGUACUCUGAAGACAUCAUGAAACUUAUAAUAUCUUGA